GGUCAUUCUCAUCACACAUGUUGACGACUUCAGAAUUAAAUUUAUAAUCAUAAGAAUGAAACAAUUAUUUCGCAUAACGACACCUAUUUUCUAUGCAAACUCAGUACCUCACAUUGGUCAUGUAUAUACGGCCCUGAUUGCCGAUGCAGCAGCAAGAUGGAAUAUUCUCUUAGGCAAAGACACACUCUUCUCAACGGGGACGGAUGAACAUGGACUAAAGGUAGAAAGAGAGUCCAAGAAAAAAGGACUAAAUACUCUGCAAUUUUGCAACAAAAUAUCUAAACAAUUUCAGCACCUAUUCGAUGACUUGGAUAUAAAAUAUACCGAUUUCAUUAGAACAACAGAACAAAGGCAUUUUUCGGCUGUUAAACAAUUUUGGGAAAAAUUAAGACAAAACGGAAUGAUUUAUAAAGAUUCUUAUUCAGGAUACUAUUCAAUUGUUGACGAAUGUUUUAUCACUAAAGAUGAGUUGAUUAAAAGUAAAAAUGAGCAAGGAGAAGAUUGUUAUGUUUCAAAAAGUAACUAUCAACCGGUUAUUUGGAUGGAAGAAGAGAAUUACAUGUUUAAGUUAUCAGAAUUUACAGAUCCACUUCGAAAAUGGUUAGAUACCAAAGUCAUAUAUCCAGAACAUUUUGAGAAUACUGUUCGCUCGUGGCUUAAUGACGGGUUGCCUGAUUUGAGCAUCAGUAGAAGUAAGGAAAGAUUGCAUUGGGGUAUUCCUGUUCCUGAGGACGGAAAUCAAGUCAUAUAUGUUUGGCUUGAUGCCUUGGUAAAUUAUCUUACAGUUUGCAAUUAUUUCUCCGGUGAGUCAAUCUGGCCAGUUGAUUGUCAUAUCGUAGGAAAGGAUAUUCUCAAAUUCCACGCUAUAUAUUGGCCAGCUUUUCUUAUGGGAGCAGGUCUCCAGCUACCAAAAAAGAUAGUUUGUCAUUCUCAUUGGACAGUAAAUAACCUCAAAAUGUCAAAGAGUAUAGGAAACGUUGUUGAUCCUCAAGAGUUAGCUACAAAAUACCAAACCGAUGGAUUGAGAUACUUUCUCUUAAGAGAAGGUACUCUUGGUUCAGACGGAAAUUUUUGUGAAAAAAGAAUGAUUGAAGUACUUAAUGCAGAAUUAUGUAACGUUCUAGGGAAUUUAUUAAACAGAGUUUCAUCUCAAUCAAUAAAUAAAGAUCAGAUUUUCCCUGCACAUGAUGAACUUAUCUUUAAGAAAAUAGCAGAUGUAAAUGAUCAUAACUUGUUAUUUGGAAUGAAAAAUUUGACAGAUUCCGUAGGAGAAAAAUAUGAACAAUACGAGUUUCAUAGAGCAAUCGUUAGUAUUAUGGAUCAACUGCGAAAUGUUAAUAGUUUUGUUGAUCGGCAUAAACCUUGGAUUUUGGCUAAAGAAAAUAAAAAGGAGGAGUUAGAUUGUAUAUUGAAUAUAACAAUGGAAAAUUUGCGAAUUUGUGGAAUUCUGUUACAACCUAUAAUACCGCGUCUAUCCGAUAGACUAUUAACAACUUUGGGAAUUGGAAAACAUGAAAGAACAACGAAGCACUUGAAUACUAUACUAAAUUUGUCUACAAAUAAGCCUAUAUGCAGUAUCGGAUCUUUGUAUAGCAGAAUAAAAAUCUGAUUUUUGAUAAUUAAUGUCUAAAAAAUUCUAGAGAGCUGGAGUAUACAAAUUUUAAUUUUCCAUUCAAAGGAACUGGAAAAGAGAUAAUGACAAAUUGUUCGUGGAUCAGGUUGCUCUGUAUGUUUAGCCGGCUACUAUUAAAUACUAUUAUUUUCGUACAAAUUUGAAUAUUUAAAAUUAAACACGGAAAUUUAAAGUUAUAAUUUUUUUUUAAAUUUUGUUUAAUUGUUCUGAUUAUGAUUUCAAUUUACAUACGAAAAUAU